CACACACUCACACACACACACACACACACACAAACACACACACACACACACACAGUCAGAUCUCAGUAAACAAGCAGCAGAGAGCAGGACGUUAACGGGAGCUCACAGGAGCAGAGAUGGGUCUGGGGACGAGGUUGGAUGUGCCUGUAGGCGACGUCUCUCUGAUCAGAGGACUGUGGGAGGUCAGAGUGAGGAAGUACAGACAGAGACAGAAGAAGGAGCAGGAGAGGAUCGAGAAGAGCGCGCUGCCAAAGAUCGACCAGCAGUGGCAGUAUCGUAUCUACUGUAAGACACUAAAGAGCAAGGAACGCACCCUGCUGCAUCAGUACCUGGAGAGAUCUACUCUGUCACCUCAUUUACAGCCACACACAGAAUCAGGGCAGGAGGAUCACACAGACGAGCAGGAACAGAAAGAUCCAGAGGAGAACAAACUCAUCUUCCAGCUGGAUGGAGAUCAGUGGAUGGACUUCCCGAGGGAGCUGCAGUGGAUGACCUACCUGAAAGAGUGGCACGUCCAAGGGACAAAGAUCAGCCGGCUGCCUGACUACCUGCGUCUGUUCACUCAGCUCACCGUGCUCGAGAUCCCCAAAAACGCCAUCGCCGAGCUGCCACCUGCGAUCGGUAAACUGACCUGUCUGAAGGAAUUAAAUGUCAGCUACAACCGUCUGAGCAAAGUUCCACCAGAACUCGGAAACUGCGAGAACCUGACGAGACUCGAACUGACGGGAAACCUGAACCUGUCGGAGCUGCCGUUUGAGCUGAGCAGCCUGAAGCAGGUGGUUCACCUGGACAUCGCGGAGAACAAGUUCAUAUCGAUCCCCAUCUGCGCUCUGAGGAUGAGCAGCCUGCAGCUGUUGGACCUGAGCAACAACAGUCUGACCGACCUGCCGCAGGACAUGGACAGGUUGGAGCAGCUGGUCACUCUCUUAGUCCAUAAGAACAAGCUGACGUACCUCCCUCAUUGUCUCACCAACAUCUCCACGCUCAAGAUGAUCGUUGUCAGCGGCGACGAGCUCAACUGCAUCCCGACCAAACUGUGCAGAAACCCCGACAUCAAGUUUAUCCGACUGUACGACAGCCGAGCGAGUGAAGAGAAGAAGAAGAAAGAAGAGGAGGAGAAGAAGAAAGGGAAGAACAAGAGGAAGAGGUGGAGUCAGCGGAAAAAGGAGGAAGUGAAGAAGGACGGUGGAGAGAAGGAGUUCAUCGAGGCGUACAUCAACUCACUGAAGGACAGAGACACCACCCCUGAAGCCACCACCAAGGUGUCCAUCUCCUGCCUGCUGUGAGGAAGAGGAAGAAGAUGAAGCAGCACUAGAAAAGAUAAAAACAGGGUGAAAUAGUUAAACUCAUGGAUGUGUCAUGUUGUGCUCACACCAACCGUGACGCGAAUUCUUGUGUUUGAACACUAGAAUAUUUUCUGAUGACUCACUUCAUGCGCAAACUCAUGUCAUACGUGCGUGAAAUCACUAAAUUGAUGAAUGAACUUCCGUUGGUACUUCCUUGGCGUCAUACGUCCCCGGCGGAUCUCAAUGCUGAUUGGCUAUCGUGGCACAAAUUGGUUGGUGAAGUUUUUUUUCAGCUCUCGUAAAUAAGCACUACUCACUUCAUUCAUGCAGCUUAAUUCACACUUUUUUCAUCAUUUGCGUUGCGUGCGACAUGUCCAUCGCAUCCAUCACGCUGCCCAGCAGAACUUAGCAUGUAGUCGUGUCUCUACAUUGACUUUAUUUUACUAAUUCACUUUCGCAAAUUGUUUUAUUUGCACCAGGCACACAAACGACAUUAUGUUGUGUUCACUACAGACACAAUGCGAAUUUUCACGUCACUUUAUUUGCAUGAGUUUGAACUCUAGAAUGUUUUCUGUUGAUUCGCUUCACAUACAUGUGAAAUCGAUGAAUGAACUUCCGCCGUCAUACGUCCCCGGAGGAUCUCAAUGCUGAUUGGCUAUCGUAGUUCAGAUUUUUCAACUUUGCGAAUAAGCAUAUGACACAAAAGUGCGCUGCUUGCUUAAUUUGCGCAGCUUAAGUCACGUAUAUGUGUCAUUUGCGUCGCGUCCAUCGCGUCCAUCUCAUCCAUCGUGCUGCCCAGUGGGAAUAAGCAUCUAUUUGCAUCUUUUACACUGACUUAACAUGUAAUUCACUCGUGCAAAUUGUUUAUUCGCACCAAACACCAAAUACAAUGUGAAUUUUCACGUCAUGUUACUUGUAGCAGUUUGAACACCAGAAUAUUUUGUGUUGAUCCGCUUCAUUAUUAAAUUACUGAAUCGAUGAAUGAACUUCCGCAGGUACGUUCUCGGCAUUAUACGUCUCCAGAGGAUCUCAAUGCUGAUUGGCUAUCGUGGCGCGAACUGGUCGCUUGCGUUCAGUUUUUUCAACUCUCGUGAAUAAGCCUAUGAUGGGAAAUUGCUCUACUUGCUUCAUUCGCACCGCUCAAUUCAGGAAUUUCAUGUCAUUCGCAUCUUUACGUUGACUUUAUACGAAAUCCACUUGUGCGAGUUGUUUUAUUUGUGCCCGGCGUGAACGCAACAUUAGAGGAAGUGGAAACUCAGAGAUGAGUUCAGAGCGCUAUGAUGUCUGAGUCAGGUGGUUUAAUGGGAGUUAUUUUAUUCCACAACAAUAACAAAAAAAAAAAGAAGAUGAGAAGUCAAGUAAAAAUUUAAAUGACUCACGUUCAACAAUCGAGUUCAUCGUAAAAAUCCACAGGCAUAGACUUUAUCAUUAACUAGACAACAGACACCAAAAUGGCGGCUGUUAUUCCAAAGGAGUUGCUCACCUUGCGCAUAUGCCAAUAAAGUUUCUUGAACGUCUCCAUGGAAACAAGUAAAACAGUCCUGAGGGUUGUAAAUCAGCGGCUUGCUGUGUCUGCCCUCACAGACGUUACAUGAUGACAGUGAACUCGUCACAGUACGUACGACUGAAGUCAGCGAGGGCUCAGUCAGCAAGUCCAGAGGGUGGACAUUUGGAUUACGUUAGCAUGUUAGCACCUCCUGUUGUCUGUCUUGAAGUCAGUGUGUUUUUGGUUAGAUGUCUGAAAUAAGGUCUGUGUUGACAUCAGCUGAAGAGACUUUCACGUCACGCCUACAGACAAACGUCAUCACUCUGUGGAGACAUCAUUUAAAGGCACUUAAUUAAAAAAAAACAAAUCUCACACCUGCCACCGUCGGCUGUAAAAACAGUCCCUCACUCUGAAAACAGAAACACAUCAUGAAAAUUCAAUUCACAUACUGUAAUUACCUCCUCCAAGGAGGUUAUGUUUUUUUAAGUUAAUGAUCACAAACGUUGCCAAACAUCGGAACUUCACAAAAAAACUACUCACACAUUUUAAACAGAUUGUCUGGUGUGCGUAUGAACUCAACGUCCACACCGUUCGUUCUCCUAAGAAUUAGCUAGUCUCAUGUUCCAAACGAAUCACGGAGAAAUGUUAAAUUACGUCGUAGUUAUGACAGUAUUAACCUCGCUAAAAUUAUCUGAGCAAAAAGAAAGUGGAACCAUCAGAGGCUAACGCUAAGUAAGCGGGCACUUUGGGUAAAGAGCUAAAAUUAUGUUGUAAUCGUUGGUGAACUUUAAUGACGUAUAAUGAGCUGUCCCAAAGCGCUAAUGUUGGUAAUGUUAAACAAGUGAAGCAACAAGUGUGCUAGCUAACGUUAGACUCCGUGGAAAUAAUGUUGACAGCUAACGUUCAAAAGGUCCAGUCGUGAUGGCUAACGUUCGCUAAAUCAAACAACUAAACUGUGGCAGGCUCAUUAACAGUCCCAAGCUUGACCCAUUAAAUAUUUUACACUACUAUAAGAGAUUCUUACCUGAAGGUGUGUGUGGGCUCAGGUGUGUGUGGGCUCAGGUGUGUUUCAUGUUAGCUGGGAGCUUUUUUUUCUUUGCUUUCCUUUUGACUCCGUCGUUGUGGACUCAGACCCAUAAAGAUGGAGGCAAAACACUGAAUUUCAUCAAAGUCAAGUCAAGUUACUGACGUGCCAAAUCAACACAAUGACAUUUUAAAUGUCUAAAAUCUUUAGAUAAACAAAAAGUAAAUAAAACAAACAAGAAAAAAAGAAAUAAAAAAUAAAUUACGAGCGCUAAGUCAAAACAAAAAUUCUUGCACAUUUAUACUUUAAACAUAAAAGUACGUAUAAAUAUAAACACCAAUUUGUUCCCACUGUCUCAGUAUUUUGACUUCAUAAAUCAAAAUUUUGACUUUGGAUUUUUAUUUUUUCAUUUUUAAAUACUGAAUUUAUUUUUCUUGCCUUGGCAGUGACGAACUUCCAUAUUUUUGAGCUGUUUGAGUGACUGAAGGUUUUAUUUUUUUAAACAACUGUAGUUUAUUUUAUGGAUUUAUUGAUUCCUGCUGACUGAGAAACUUUUAAAUUUUGUUUGAGCGCUGAAUUAAUUUUUGCUUUUCAAAAAUAACUUUUCAUUCCAAAAUCAGAUUUCCAACAAAUGAACAGUUUGAUGUAAAUUCACUGACGUUCACUGCUUCACUAUUAACCCUUUCACACCAUAUAUACACACAUUAUUAACCCUGUCAUAUUGUAUAUUUACAUUAUAAACUCUGUUCACAAACAGAUUGCCAUGAUGUCUGUGCAGUGAGUAUAAUGAUUUAGUUUGAACGUUUUAUUUUAUUUAACUUUAUUUUCUCCUCAUAACACAUCAGUGAAAUAUUUGGGAUAAACUGGAAUUUAUGGUUUAAGAUGAGAAUGUGACCAAAGAGGAAACGAGGCUGAAUGUCCGGCAAAUAAAAGAGAAGUCAACAGGAAACACUUAUUUACAUGUUUUAACUGUGUGUUGCCUGAUUUCAUUCAGUUUAUUUAUUAUUUAUUAAACACAGUUUGUAAAUUUGAUCGAUUCUUUUUCAUUAGAUUUAUUUUCAAAAAUUAAGAAAAAAGUGUAAAUAAGAAUUCUUACAAAAACAUUCAGUGAUUUUAUUCCCUUCAGAAAAAAAUGUUUAUACUUUUAUAUUUCUGUGUUGUGUAACUGAUUUGUUGUUUGACGCUUUGAGACGUUUGUCUGUUUUUAUUGAUAGAUUUUUUAAAUUUUAAUAAAGUGUUUGUGAAGAUGU